UCUUGGGGCACUAUUGUACCUUAUGGCCCGAACAAAGAAUACAGGGCCCGUGUUUCCACCCCCUGGCUCUACUUCUCCGAAAAGGACCGGAGAAGGUCCUAGCUCCCAGGAUAGGGAGGAGCGGAGGACAAAGGCAAGACAUGAUGCUGAAAGGUAG